AGGCAACGCUGUUCGACCAAUUGCGAGUCACAAAUACCUAGCAGCACCAAAUUUGUAUUUUUGUACACGAGCUACUUCGUCGUCUAGGUCUGGUAAAGUUAACAAAGAUGAUGGAUGCACUGUCUGUGGUGAGUCAGCUGCGGGAUCUGGCCUCUGAGCCGCAGAACCGAGCGGUGAUCGUCCAGGACCAAGGCUGUCUCCCCGGACUGGUUCUCUUCCUGGACCAUCAGAACCCAGACGUGCUCCUUGCAACUCUUCAGACCCUGCGCUACUUGGCUGAGUUGCCCCCCAACAUCCCAAUCAUGAAGAAUGAACUGGGUAUGAUGGUGAGCUUGGAGAUUCUAAUGGGAAGGGAGGGCCUGUCUGUUGAUAUCACUGGUCUAGCUAAGGAGGUGUUUGGCAUCCUGAAUGCACCUGCUAAUCCUGUGACACGCACAAUUGAGAUGGAGAGGAAGAAGAAAUCCCAGUUCUUUAUCAACUCUACCAACAAGAAGGCCAAGUCUGUCACUCUGCACAUCCAGGGUCUGGACAGCACUGACCAGCGAGGCUUGUGUGAGGAGGCUCUUCUGAAGGUCAAAGGAGUGAUCAGCUUCACCUUCCAGAUGGCUUCCAAGAGAUGCACUGUCCGCAUCCGUUCAGACCUGUCCACUGAGAGCCUGGCCUCAGCCAUCGCUGCCACUAAGGUGUUGUCAGCCCAGCAGGUGGUGAAGAAUGAGGCAGGAGAAGAGGUUUUUAUCCCUCUGAACUCAUCUGGAGUGGAGGUGCCCAAAAACUCAGCCAUACCAGACUACCUCCCAGAGGAAGAGGAGAGCCCAGAGAGGGAGGUCGACCGAGCGAUUUCCCGCACCACAGCUAAGGAAGACUCUAGUGGAAGCUGGCUCAACGCCGCAGCCGGUUUCCUCACCAAAACAUUCUACUGGUGAAACUGGCUCGGGUUGAUUUCUAGAGAUCCAGUAAUGCAAAAUGGUGCUAAAAGACUUUUCCCUACCAUGGUGUUUGUUACUGGAGUGGACAUUACUGGAAGUUAACACACCACAGACCAGCAUCCUGGCUUUGUGUGUGCAUGGUUUAAACUCUCCAUCAAUUCUUGUGAAAAACUACAAAUGUGCAAAAGCAUUUCUGAUUUAGUUGAAUGGAGGCAGAAACACUUGAAAUAUAUCUUUGGUCUCUGGACUUACCUGUUCUUUUCUAUCCCCUCUCUCAUGUAAAUAUUUUCUUAAAGUCCCUGUCAAAAUGUCCUUUUUCUCCCUAAAUGUAAAAAGACAACUUUUCUAUACAGUUAAGGAAGUAUUUUGUGUAUAUCCUGCUGGUAGAUUUGGUUAAUGUAAAAUAAAUCUAGAAAAAGUCA